UAUCGUAGUCCUGGCCGUGCUUCAUGUAAGUCAUAGCGGAGCGCUGGAAAACUACAACGUCCAUAACGCCCCGGGGCGUGAAGAAUAAAUUGCUGUCCAGUUGAAAUGUUGAAGCUUCUGUAAACUCGUCCGCAAGGGGCCCCGGUCUUGCCAGAGACCUUUGAUACCUGAGGAGUACAGGACGAUUACUGAAGAAGUCCUGGUAUUUCCAGAAGCACUGCCAUAGGAGAAGGCUACGUUAGAAGCAUGUGGUGCCGCAGGCUGGCAUGGCUCUAUCCGGAGACCAGGGGGCUUCUAACCAAGAUGGGGAAACGACCGCAUCGAUGGACACUACAGUUGCAAAGGUCUUCUUCUCCUUCAGCGGUUCAGUGGCUGAGUACAGCUCCGGAGGCUAAAGAAUGCUCCUGGGUCCUACAUGAUGACCAUUUUGAACUGUUGUACUCCAGCACUUGCAUGCGCUUUGACUACGUGUGGCUCCGAGAUCACUGUCGCUCAGCAUCCUGCUAUAAUGUUAAAACAAACCAACGCAGUCUAGACACGGCCAGCGUCCAACUGGACAUCAAACCGGCACAAGUACGAGUAGAUGAGAACACUCUCUACCUAACAUGGCCGGAUGGUCACAUGACCCGAUAUGGCUUACAGUGGUUGUCGCAGAAUAGCUAUGAAGGACAAAAACAGCAGCUGGUCCAGCCGAGGAUAUUGUGGAAUGAGAAGAUCUACAAAGAGGCGAGCGUUCCGGCCGUCAGUUAUGUGGAUUUCCUGGAGACCAAUGAGGGGCUGAGAGACUUUCUGCACAAUUUCCUUCUCUAUGGUAUUGCUUUCGUAGAGGACGUUCCAGCCACCUGCGAAGACACUCAGAAAGUGGCAGAGAGAAUCAGCCAUAUCCGGGAGACUAUUUAUGGUAAAAUGUGGGACCUCACAUCCGAUUUCUCCCGGGGGGACACGGCAUAUACCAAACUGGCUUUGGACCGUCACACAGACACCACUUACUUCCAGGAGCCCUGCGGUAUGCAGCUUUUCCAUUGCCUGCGGCACGAAGGCACCGGGGGGCGCACUCUGCUGGUAGAUGGCUUCUAUUCAGCUGACCAAGUGCGACAACAUCACCCUGAAGACUUCGAAAUCCUCACUAAUAUCCCCCUGAAACAUGAGUACAUUGAGAAUGUUGGAGGAAGCCACAAUCACAUGAUCGGGAUUGGCCCAGUAUUAAAUGUUUAUCCCUGGAAUAAAGAGCUUUAUAUGAUUAGGUACAACAACUAUGACCGUGCUGUCAUUAACACAGUGCCCUAUGGUCUGGUGCGCAGAUGGUAUGCCGCACAUCGCAUCCUCACCACCGAACUGAGGAAGCCGGAGAAUGAGCUGUGGGUGAAGUUAAAACCGGGCAAGGUUCUGUUUGUGGACAACUGGAGAGUCCUACAUGGACGGGAGUCCUUCACCGGAUACAGACAACUGUGUGGUUGCUAUCUCACUCGAGAUGAUGUCCUGAACACUGCCCGUUUACUAGGCCUCAAAGCCUGAGGAUACUACAGAGGAAGUAAUGGUAGCCACAUCUGUUCACUGCCAAAACAAUUUCACCAUAGGAUAACCCAUAUUGAACCUGCCUCUAGUAGACUUGGAAAGUCUUUCAGGAAUGAUCCACCAAUGUAAUUGUUUUUUAAUGCUCAAUACUUCACAGUCCUGUUGUCUACACAAGGGCUUUAAUGUGCUAAGAAUUAUCAAGUUGAUGAAAUUACUGAAUUAUUUAUGGCAUUGAAGCUCAUAUAACCACAUAUGGAAAGAUGGCCUCCAUCAGCGUUCUCAA